GGGAGACCGGAAAGCGGGUGGGAAAAGAAGCGCCGCGUUAAUGGAGUAAACACACAGCGAGCGGGUCCAUCAUGAGCUCCAUGAGGACCAUCAUGGCCUGCGUGGCGGCUCUCGCGGCUUUAGGAACCGGGAUCGGGAUGUGGAACACUGUGGCACCUGGAGAGGAGAGAAAAAGAGAAAUACUGAAGAACCUGCCCGAGUCCAGUCCAGCGCGGAUGGAGGAGAGCAGGAAAAGGAACGCUCUGAUGAUGCAGGUCCUGAAAGAGGCCGCGGAGACCGACGACAACAUCGCCCGAGGAUUCGGGAGCCGGAAAUGAAGAGGACGAGUUUCCGGUGAAUACAGGAGUUCCACCGUAAUCCUCAGUGAACUGGAGGAACAUGUAAAAACACGGGGCCUUGCUGGUCAUCUCCACAUCUCCUGACCUUCAGCCAUCGCACAUCUCCGGCCCUGCAGUGUGGAAAGAGACAGUAAUGAAAGACUGGUUAUUUAAUUAUCUCAGCGUCUAAAAUGUCUGUAGAUAGAGUCAUUCGUCUGUGCUGCGCUCUGUUCUGACUGCCUGUGAUUGCUGUGACUGAACCAGGCCUGUUUGGUGAGACUGAAUUAAAGCUUUAAUUUCUCUGUAAAACUCAGUAAAUUAAUUAUAAACUCA